AUGUUGCAAAACAUGCAGGUCUGCUGCGUCUUGCUGGUUCGUGGUCUGGGGAAGUACUCUCCAAAAUACCAACACAUCAAAGUAUUCGAGAAACUCUGGUGA